AUGGUCUCUACCCUUCUCGCCCUCGGCGCCCUGGCCGCCUCCGUCAUCGCCGCGCCUCUUGAUGCCCGCGCCAGCUGCACCUUCACCGAUGCCGCCGCCGCCAUCAAGGGCAAGGCCAGCUGCACUGCCAUCAUCCUCAAGGACAUUGUCGUCCCCGCCGGCACCACCCUCGACCUGACCGGCCUCAAGUCCGGCACUCACGUCACCUUCCAGGGCAAGACCACCUUCGGCUACAAGGAGUGGGAGGGCCCCCUCAUCUCCUUCUCCGGCACCAACAUCCUCAUUGACGGCGCCUCCGGCCACUCCAUCGACUGCGAGGGCCAGCGCUGGUGGGACACCAAGGGAAGCAACGGCGGCAAGACCAAGCCCAAGUUCUUCUACGCCCACAGCCUGAAGCAGUCCACCAUCAAGAACCUCAACGCCCUCAACACCCCGGUCCAGGCCUUCUCCAUCAACAGCGUCACCGACCUCAGCGUCCUCAGCGUCACCCUCGACAACUCCCUCGGCGACACCAAGGGCGGCCACAACACCGACGCCUUCGACGUCGGCUCCUCCACCAACGUCUACAUCUCGGGCGCCGUCGUCAAGAACCAGGACGACUGCCUCGCCAUCAACUCGGGCACCAACAUCACCUUCACCGGCGGCAGCUGCUCCGGCGGCCACGGCCUGUCCAUCGGCUCCGUCGGCGGCCGCAGCAACAACGUCGUCAAGGACAUUGUCAUCUCCAACUCCAAGAUCUCCAACUCGGACAACGGCGUCCGCAUCAAGACCGUCUACGGCGCCACCGGCUCCGUCUCCAACGUCCAGUACACCGGCAUCACCCUGUCCAACAUCGCCAAGUACGGCGUCGUCAUCGAGCAGGACUACGAGAACGGCUCCCCCACCGGCACGCCCACCGCCGGCGUCCCCAUCACCGGCCUCACCCUCAGCAAGGUCACCGGCACCGUCGCCUCCUCCGGCACCAACGUCUACAUCCUCUGCGCCUCCGGUGCCUGCAGCAACUGGAAGUGGAGCGGCGUCAGCGUCACCGGCGGCAAGAAGUCCACCAAGUGCUCCGGCAUCCCCAGCGGCGGCGCUGCCUGCUAA